AUGACCCCAUCAUUUGGAAUUUUAGUUGAUGAAUCUACACGAAGUAAAGCAAAAUACUUUGUUUUAUGUUAUCAAUUUUGGAAUCAGAAAAAUCAAAUAUCUGUUAUAACUGUGGCUCAUCUUGAGGAUAUUCCUAGAUGUAAUGCAAAUACUAUAUUUAAUACUGUUACAAAGUAUAUACAACAAGAUGGUUUUUCUUUUAAUAAAUGUGCAUUAUGGGUAACAGACAAUACAGCUUAUAUGUCAGGAGAAAAGAAAGAAGCUGUUAUUCUCUUUAAUAAAAAAAAUGACACAAAUGCAAUCUGA